AUGAGAGGCGUGCUAGUGUUCUCGGGGACGUCGCAUCCCACCCUGACUGAAGCGAUCUGCGACAGAUUGGGGACUCUACCAGCUCCUUGCGAGCUGCGGAAAUUCAGCAAUGGCGAAACCAGCGUCAAUAUUGGGGCUUCUGUCCGCAAUCAGGAUGUUUAUAUUGUCCAGAGCGGGAGCAGGAAGAUCAAUGAUAGUGUAAUGGAGCUGUUGAUCAUGAUAUCCGCCUGCAAGGGAGGUUCGGCGAAAUCUAUAACAGCUGUUAUGCCAUAUUUCCCAUACUCGCGGCAGUCAAAGAAGAAAAGUCAUAGAGGAGCCAUUACGGCUCGGAUGCUUGCCAAUUUACUAUCAGUGGCCGGUGUUGACCAUGUCGUCACCGUGGACCUACAUGCCUCCCAAAUGCAAGGUUUUUUCGGUAAGCCCGUUGAUAACCUCUUUGCUGAGCCUCUAAUUGCGCGGUGGAUUCGAAUGAACGUCCCUCAAUGGAAUGAGGCGGUGGUUGUUACUAAAAACGCCGGAGGGAGCAAGAGGGUUACGUCUUUGGCUGAUGCGCUGAAACUUAACUUUGGCAUCGUCACUACUGAUAGAAGGCGGCAGAGGCAAGCGAAAGCCGGGACUAUGACCGACAGUGCCAUCUUUUUCGAUUCCGUUGAACAAGGCUUCACGACUAGCCAUGAUGGUGAGCAAAAGUUUGACCGCAUACCAAGCAUCCGUCGUUCAGUUGCCUCCGCCACAACUGAAAGCGGUAUCCUCACACCUCGUAACAGCACCUCCGGCUCCUCUGCUAACCCAGCACAAGAGUCGGAAUCAUAUAGAACGCCACAUCCGGAUAGCAUGCUCGCUCCGUCUACUCUCGCCGACGGAUUUUCCUCUGAAUAUACUGAUGAGCGAGCUCGAGAAGUUAUCACCGGCCGCCUGGUCCAGGGGCACCUUGUGGAUGAUGAUUACCCAUCUCCAGAGACUGCGUCUACCUCUGCAUCUGCUUCCAACCACGGGGCGGAUACAUAUGAGGGAUCGAUCCCAGAUCCCAUGAGCAUGUCUGCCGUGUCAAAUGUCUCAGGCUACCAGCCUGGACAUGCUCUUGGGGGAUCGUUCGAUGCAGCCGCAUCCUCUGAUGAGGAAGAGGUCUGUCCACAGAGAUCCGGUCAGGAACGAAUGAUCACCCUUGUUGGCGACGUGAAGGAUAAAACUGUCUUUAUUGUCGACGACAUGAUUGACCGGGCCUCCAGCUGGAUUGCGGCUGCAGAGACCGUCGUUAAGAAAGGCGGCGCAAAGAAGGUGUACUGCAUCGCUACUCACGGUAUCUUUGGAGACGAUUCCAUGGAACAAAUGGAGAAAUGCCCCAGUAUCGACUAUGUCGUCGUAACCAACUCAUUCCCCCUCCCUAUCGAGAAAGUGAGACUCAUGAAGAAACUGGUCGUCCUCGAUCUUUCAGCGCUGCUGUCUGAGAGUAUCAGAAGACAUCACAAUGGAGAAAGUAUUUCCGCCCUCUUCCAAUUGCACGGCUAG